CCUUCCCGGCCCUGGUGAAGUACGGAACGCCGGAAGGGCCUGGCUCAAAGCUCCGCCUCUGGCGCGACCGACUACCGGAGCGCAGGGCAGAGGUAGAGGCUCGCAGAUGGACCUGGUAGUCAGCUGGAGAGCAGCAUGGAGGCGUCCUGGGGAAGCGUCAACGCUGAGCGGGGCUGGUAUGUCUCUGCCCAGCAGCCUGAAGAAGCGGAGGCCGAAGAGUUGAGUCCGUUGCUAAGCAACGUAAGUGAGCUCUAUUGGCUUCCCGGCACUGACACCCGCCGACUUCCCUCAAGUGCCUGCCAAAUAAGACCCAGAAAAGGAGGACCGCACCGGGAAAGGGGAGAUGCUGGAGCCUGAACCCUGGGGGAUGGGGCCCGAAAGUAGCCGCCGAGAUUCAGAUGAGAUUGGCGCAGUUAUGAAUGUGAUAGCAGCCUAGCAUACUCUAGAAAGAAAAGAUGAAAAGCGUCGUGUGGAAGAGAUGCAGCGUUUAGUGCAUGAUGGGAUGAGCGGCCCUAGGAUUAUGUACUCACUGCUGAACUUCACAGACAGCGAUCCCCAGGUGUUUCAUUUGGUUUAUCAGUGUUUAAUUUGAUGAAUGCCAUCAUGGGAAGUGGCAUCCUUGGCUUAGCUUAUAUUAUGGCUAAUACUGGUAUCCUUGGAUUUAGCUUCUUGCUGCUGACAGUUGCUCUCCUGGCUUCUUACUCAGUCCAUCUUCUGCUUAGUAUGUGUAUUCAGACAGCUGUAACAUCUUAUGAAGAUCUUGGACUCUUUGCAUUUGGAUUACCUGGAAAGGUGGUGGUGGCAGGCACCAUAAUAAUUCAGAAUAUUGGAGCUAUGUCAUCUUAUCUUUUAAUUGUUAAAACAGAGUUUCCUGCUGCUAUUGCAGAAUUUUUGACUGGAGACUAUAGUAGAUAUUGGUAUCUUGAUGGACAAACACUGCUAAUAAUCAUAUGUGUUGGCAUCGUGUUCCCUCUUGCACUUCUUCCCAAAAUAGGCUUUCUUGGCUACACAAGUAGUUUAUCAUUUUUCUUUAUGAUGUUCUUUGCUCUUGUGGUAAUAAUUAAAAAAUGGUCCAUCCCUUGUCCUCUGACAUUAAAUUAUGUAGAGAAAUGCUUCCAGAUUUCAAAUGCUACAGAUGAUUGUAAGCCAAAACUCUUUCAUUUCUCCAAAGAGAGUGCGUAUGCCUUACCAACCAUGGCUUUUUCAUUUCUCUGCCAUACCUCAAUAUUGCCCAUAUACUGUGAACUUCAAAGUCCUUCAAAGAAAAGAAUGCAGAAUGUUACCAAUACAGCAAUUGCUUUAAGUUUUCUCAUUUAUUUUAUAUCUGCACUCUUUGGCUACCUCACUUUUUAUGACAAAGUGGAGUCAGAAUUACUAAAAGGUUAUAGUAAAUACUUACCACAUGAUGUUGUUGUCAUGACUGUGAAGUUAUGCAUACUAUUUGCUGUGCUUUUGACAGUCCCUCUAAUCCACUUCCCUGCCAGAAAAGCUGUAAUGAUGAUGUUUUUCUCCAAUUUUCCAUUCUCGUGGAUUCACCAUUUUUUGAUCACUCUAGCACUCAAUAUUAUCAUCGUUUUACUUGCAAUAUAUGUUCCUGACAUUAGAAAUGUAUUUGGUGUAGUUGGUGCCAGUACAUCAACAUGUUUGAUUUUUAUAUUCCCAGGAUUGUUUUAUCUUAAACUUAGCAGAGAGGAUUUUCUCUCGUGGAAAAAAUUCGGGGCAUUUGUUUUGCUCAUCUUUGGAAUUUUGGUUGGGAAUUUUAGUUUAGCACUCAUCAUUUUUGAUUGGAUUAACAAAUAAAAGAAAUAUUUUCCUACUUCUUACAAGAAUAAUGUACCUCUAUAUGUAAGAAUGAAUUAUUCUGGAAGACACCCUGGAUGAAAAAUAACAUUUUAAUAAAAAAUAUUAACAGAAAAGCAGAACAAAAUGUCAGUGGGUAUGGGGAAGUAAGAGUAUAGCAGUUUUAAUCAAAAAAAGAAACAAACUUGAAAUGCU